GAUAGAUAGAUAGCUGCUCUUCUCUGAUCCCAUCACGAACCCUGACUCAGAUCCUUGGAGCAGAAGAGGAGACACCGCAGAGAGAGAGGUAAUGGCGGAUCGUGUCUACACUUCUUCCAAGCCUAUCCCUGGCGGAGCCCCUCCACCCGCCUUUCCUCCCACCAAGUCCCAGAUAAACGGCGCCACCCGCCUCGCCUACCGCCCCCAGCCCGCCAAGCCGUCCCGCCGCAGAAGUCGCCGCGGCCUCUGCUGCUCUUGCUGCCUCUCACUGAUCAUGAUUCUCGCCGUCCUCGUCAUCCUCGCCGCCAUCGCCAGCGGGGUCGUCUACGCCAUCUACAGCCCCCGACGCCCGGUCUUCUCCGUCUCCAGCCUCCGCUUCGCCGCCCUCAAGGUCUCCGCUGGCGGCCAUCUGACCUCCAGCCUCAACAUCAAUGUCACCGCCCGCAACCCCAACAAAAAGCUCGUCUACCUCUACGAUCCCAUCUCCGUCUCUGUCCUCUCCGGCGGGGUCGACGUAGGAGACGGCACGUUCGCCGCUUUCGUCCAGGACGCCGCGAGCUCCACCCUGCUCUCCGCCGCGGCGUCGAGCUCCGGCCAGCUGCUGGACUCUGCGGCGGCAUCAGACCUGAGGAAGAGCAGCAGCAUGCCGGUGGAGAUCGACAUGGAGACGAAGGCGGGGGUGAAGAUCGGGGGCCUGAAGACGAAGAAGAUAGGAAUCAAGGUGCGGUGCGAGGGGAUCAGCGUCGCCAUGCCCAAGGGGAAGAAGGCGGUAGUGGCGGCUUCGCCGGGAGGCGACUGCAAGGUGAAGCUCCGGAUUAAGAUCUGGAAGUGGACUCUCUAAGCGUAAAUUAACGUAAAAUUUUCAGUAAAUAUGGAAAAAGGAUGAGAUAUUAGUUAUUAGUAUUAAUUACGUGAGUUUUUGUUUCUCCUAUUUUCCGUUUUUUCUUUGAUGUCUAUAAAUUUGAAGGGCGGGUUAUUUUGUUUGGGAAUUGUUGUGAUGUAAUAAUUGUUUGAUUUAUAAUGUGAUUGUAAUAAUGAAAAUUAAAAGAAGCAUAUGAGAA